AUGUUUUUAACAAGAUCAGAAUACGAUAGAGGUGUAAAUACUUUUUCACCAGAAGGUAGAUUAUUUCAAGUAGAAUAUGCUCUCGAAGCUAUUAAACUUGGUAUUGGUGUACAAUGUGAAGAAGGUGUAGUUUUAGCAGUUGAAAAGCGUCUUACAUCACCACUUUUAGAACCAUCAUCAAUUCAAAAAGUUGUUGAAAUUGAUUAUCAUUUAAUUUGUGCACUCUCUGGUUUAGUUGCUGAUGCCAGAACAAUCAUUGACCAUGCUAGAAUUGAAACUCAGAAUCAUAGAUUUAAUUAUAAUGAACCAAUGGGUGUUGAAUCAUGUGUACAAUCAAUUUGUGAUUUAGCUUUAAGAUUUGGUGAAAAUAGAAACUCUGGAGAAGAAAGAAUGAGUAGACCAUUUGGUGUUGCAUUAUUAAUUGCUGGUAUUGAUGAGAAAGGACCAUCAUUAUAUUAUUCAGAUCCAUCUGGUACAUUUACACAAUUUCAUGCAAAAGCAAUUGGUGCAGGUUCAGAAGGUGCACAAACUACAUUACAAGAAAAAUACUCCAAAACUCUCACCAUCGCUGAAUGUCAAAAAUUAGCACUCACAACCUUAAAACAAGUUAUGGAAGAAGCUAUCACCACCACUAAUGUCGAACUUGCUGUAAUCACCAAAGCAGAUCAAAAGUUUAAAAUUUAUAACAAAGAAGAGUUAGCUACUGUCAUUCAAACUUUAGAAUAA